AUGGAUGAUUUUGAUCAAGUGGGCAUAGAGGAGGAGCAGGAAGAAGAGAGAACAGAGGAGAAGAUAAUUAAUGAAGAAUACAAGACAUGGAAGAAAAAUGCGCCGUUUCUUUAUGAUAUGAUUCUCAGUACAGCAUUAGAAUGGCCUACUCUUACUACACAAUGGCUACCAGAUAAGCAAGCUGUCCCAGAUAAACCCUAUUCAACCCACCGCCUACUCAUUGGAACGCAUACAUCGAGUGAUGCCCAAAACUACCUUCAAAUAGCACAUGUCCAACUACCUAAUCCAACGGCUCCAGAUGCGGAAGAUUACGAUGACGAGAGGGGGGAGAUCGGCGGAUAUGGAGGCGGGGGAUCAAAGAAGGCGCCCAUGGAGGUGAAAUUUAACAUUGUCCAAAAGAUCGAUCACAAAGGCGAGGUGAAUAAAGCACGAUACCAGCCACAAAACCCGAAUGUUAUCGCAACAAUGUGCACAGAUGGGAGAGUGAUGAUUUGGGACCGCUCGAGACACCCCAGUCUUCCCACGGGUAACGUAAGCCCUGAGCUAGAGUUACUUGGGCAUACGAAGGAAGGGUUUGGGUUAAGUUGGAGCCCUCAUUUGAUUGGCCAUCUCGCUACUGGAAGUGAAGACAAAACCGUCCGCCUUUGGGAUAUCACGCAACACACGAAAGGCAACAAAGCUCUUAAGCCUUCGCGGACAUACACCCACCACUCCUCCAUUGUCAACGAUGUCCAACACCACCCUCUCCACUCGUCCCUGAUCGGGACUGUAUCUGACGAUAUCACACUUCAAAUCCUCGACAUUCGUGAAGCAGACACCACCCGCGCUUCUUCGGUGUCCAAGGACCAGCACAAGGAUGCGAUAAAUGCCAUUGCCUUUAACCCUGCCAAGGAAACGGUCCUUGCUACCGGAUCAGCGGACAAGAGUGUUGGCAUCUGGGAUCUCCGAAACCUUAAAUCGAAGCUACAUGCGCUUGAGUGCCACAAUGAAUCGGUAACGUCUCUGGCUUGGCAUCCGUUCGAGGAAGCAGUGCUAGCGAGUGCUAGUUACGAUCGGAAGAUCAUGUUCUGGGAUCUCAGCCGUGCUGGCGAGGAGCAGACCCCUGAAGAUGCUCAGGAUGGACCCCCUGAGCUACUAUUUAUGCAUGGUGGCCAUACCAACCGCAUCUCCGAUUUCAGCUGGAACUUGAAUGAUCCGUGGGUUCUGUGUUCAGCGGCGGAAGACAACCUGCUUCAAGUAUGGAAAGUGUCUGAUGCCAUUGUUGGUAAAGACAUGGAAGAUGUUCCAACUGAAGAGCUGGAAUCAUGA